AUGAAGAUCAUAAGCCUGGUGUUGACACUUGUCUGUGUCGUCUCAUUCAAGUUCACACACGCUAAAAUAGGUUAUUUCUGGCACAUCACGGACUUUCACUACGACCCAUUGUACACAGCGCAAGGCGAUACUAGAAGACAUUGUCGAAGAGCAGAUGAGCGUGGGAGUUCAGGCCAUCAUCGAGCAUUAGGCCGUCUUGGAGAUUACUCAUGCGACAGUUCGCUAGAACUCAUACAAUCCGCGCUGAGAUACAUGCGCACGCGUCAUUCAGAAAACGUAGAGUUUGUUCUAUGGACUGGGGACAUCGUAGCAACUCAAUACCCCAACAAUGAAGAUAACAGGUACCAGGCGAUCAGAAACAUAACGGAGCUUCUCCGUAUGACGUUCAGUUCGCACUUUGUAUUCCCCGUACUCGGGCAUACAGAUCCGGCGCCUUCCGAGACACUGACUAAUUUGUGGAGCCAUUGGUUACCUAUGGAAGCUUUACAGACUCUGAAAAACGGUGGUUAUUACACGAUAGAGCAAUCGCACAGUAAAUUAAGGAUCGUGGCGCUCAACACGAACUUGUUCAGCGUAAGUGAAGCCAAAAACGUGCACGCGAAACGUCAGUGGGAUUGGUUAGACACCGUGUUGGAGAAAGCCACAAGCAAUAACGAAAUGGUGUACAUAGUAGGUCACGCGGCUCCUGGUUCUGAUUCAGGAUAUAAUUCCUACACAGUCGACGCAAAUAACAAAUAUUUGGGACUCGUGCGUCGCCAUGCGAGGAUUAUCGCAGGACAGUUCUUUGGACAUCUACACGUUGAUACUUUCAGAGUUAUAUACGAUGAUGAUCAACCAGUCUCUUGGGCGUUCCUGGCGCCAUCUGUGAGCCCUUACCACAGUUCAACAGGGUCAUCCAAUCCGGGCCUAAGAUUAUACAAAUUUGAUUCGGACACUGGAAAGGUACUAGAUUAUACACAGUUUUACUUGGACCUGACUUUGGCUAACCGAGCGGCUGCGGGAGCGGGUGCGGGGACGGUAGCUGGCUCCGGGGCGGAAUGGACGGCGGAGUAUAACUUGACGCAAUAUUACGUGUUGCGAGAUGUUUCUGCUGAAUCACUACAUCAUUUAGCUGAUAAGCUUCAGGAUACAGCGAUGUUUAAUAAGUACUUACGAGCAUACAAUGUAAAGCUCGACACACCUGACAACUGCGACGGCGCGUGCGCACACCAACAUUUCUGCGCGAUCACGUGUCUCGAACAUCGCGCAUACACUCAAUGCGUAGAGGCAGCGGCGAGCGCGUUAGCUGCAUCUCGCUCCAUUCAAACUGCUCCGCUCGCUAAUAUAGUGCUAGCCAUUUUAUGUGCCGCUACGCUUUUUCUUGGU